AUGGCCUCUGCUCGCUCCUUGCUGCGGUUGGGCACUGGACGCUCGCUGGCUUCAGCCGUGAGAUCCUCCCAGACAUGCCGUGCCUUUUCUUCGACCGUGCGGUACGCCUCGAAGGCGGCCCCCGAGCCUGAGAACAUGCGCCAUGCUCAGCGUCCUCCUGAGGGCCCUCUCCGUGCCCCGGUCAUCAACCCCACCGACAAGUACCAGGAUAAAGCCGAGGGCCUGCACAAGUACGGCCAAUAUGUCAUGUCCUGCCUGCCUAAAUACGUCCAGCAGUUUUCAGUCUGGAAGGACGAGCUCACCAUCUACGUCCCUCCGUCUGGAAUCAUCCCCGUGAUGACCUUCCUGAAAUACCACACCGCGGCCGAAUACACUCAGAUCUCCGAUAUCACGGCUGUCGACUUCCCUACCCGUGACCAGCGCUUCGAGGUCGUCUACAACAUGCUUAGUGUGCGGUACAACUCUCGCAUCCGUGUCAAGACAUACGCCGACGAAGCCAGCCCUGUGCCCAGUGUUACCGGGUUGUUCGAGGGUGCUCUCUGGUACGAGCGUGAGGUCUACGACAUGUUCGGUGUCUUCUUCUCCAACCACCCUGACCUGCGGCGUAUCAUGACCGACUACGGUUUCGACGGCCACCCGCUGCGCAAGGACUUCCCUCUGACCGGUUACACCGAGGUGCGCUACGAUGAAGAGAAGAAGCGCAUUGUCAUCGAGCCUCUCGAGUUGACACAGGCCUUCCGGAACUUCGAGGGAGGCACUGUCGCGUGGGAGCCUGUCGGUCCUGGUAAUGACCGGACACCUGACUCGUUCAAGCUCCCCACCCCCAAGCCGGAGGAGAAGAAGGAGGACGAAAAGAAAUAG